AAGAAGUCCGCUUAAACACGCGGCUCUGAGAGCACGGUGCGCGUGGGGCGGGCGGGGAAACCGCUGUGUUCCACGCCAUGCCCAAGGCCAAGGGCAAGACCCGCAGGCAGAAGUUCGGUUACAAUGUCAACCGCAAGCGUCUGAACCGGAAUGCUCGGCGGAAGGCGGCGCCGCGCAUCGAGUGCUCCCACAUCCGACAUGCCUGGGACCACAGCAAAUCGGUGCGGCAGAACCUGGCGGAGAUGGGGCUGGCCAUGGACCCCAACAAGGCGGUCCCCCUCCGGAAGAGAAAGGUGAAGCCCAUGGAGGUGGAUGGAAAGGAGAGGCCCAAUGACAUUGUGCGGAAGCCCUAUGUGCUAAAUGAUCUGGAGGCAGAAGCCAGCCUUCCAGAAAAGAAAGGAAACACGCUGUCUCGGGAUCUCAUUGACUAUGUCCGCUACAUGGUAGAGAACCACGGGGAAGACUAUAAGGCCAUGGCCCGGGAUGAGAAGAAUUACUAUCAAGACACCCCCAAACAGAUUCGGAAUAAGAUCAACAUCUAUAAGCGAUUUUACCCAGAGGAAUGGCAAGCCUUCAGCGAGUCUCUGCAGGAUAGGAAGAUGGACGUGGAGUGACUGGCUUUCACCGCCUCCAGCCUGCACGUCUUCUGCACCAAAGAAGCCAGCAUCAGGCUUUAAGGCAAGGAGUGGAGAGCUGCAGAUGAGACUGGUUGGAUUCUGUGGAAUCAGAUUAUUGGGGUGCACGCACACAGGAGUAACUACCCUAUUCUCUGGGUCUCAGAAAAGCCCACACUUGGCUGUGUUCACAGAGGUGGCCUUAUCUGAAUAGAAUCUGUACAUAGAAUAAAACCAAGGAUAUUUUGCUCA